AUGGCCGACGUUCCUCUGCAAGUCAUUUCGGAAAACUCGUCGUCAGAGCGUCGUAUCACCCCAUCAUGGACCAUUACCCAGCUGCGGUCUAAGCUGGAGCCCAUCACGGGCGUCCCGCCUUCGUCCCAGAGAAUCAGCCUCAAGACGGCUUCGGCGAGCAUUCCGAUUGAGGCGGCCGAUGAGGACAACGCACGAUUGACAGCUUUCCCGCUCGCCCCGUAUGCCGAGCUGCAUGUCGCCGACACGCGACCGGCAGGGGCGCGUCCAAACUUCACGGACACUACGGGUGUUGAGAAGUAUGUCAUGCCGGAGGAGGAGUACGCCAAGAAGACCGACUCCGUACUGGCCUGGAAGAAGGCUCAGAAGCUCGGUCGGUUCGAUCCUGACGCGCCAAGCCUCGAACAGGCCAAGGUUGCGGCUCUCUAUCAAGAGAUUGAGCAGCGGGGCAUCGAGGUCGGCAAGCGGUGUCGAGUAGGCGGCGAGGAUUCCCGCAGAGGUGUCGUCAAGUACGUCGGCGACGUCAAGGAGAUCCCGGGCGGCCUGGGUCCCUGGGUCGGAAUUCACCUCGACGAACCCGUUGGAAAGAACGACGGCAGCAUCGAGGGAACUCGGUACUGGGGCGAGAAGUCAACCUUGAAGCAUGGUGUUUUCGUGAGGCCCGAGCGGGUUGAGGUUGGCGACUGGCCGGUCCUGGAUGACUUGGAAGACAUGGAGGAGAUCUAA